GCAAGCGCUUUUGUACUGGCGUAGCGCUGCGCUGCACCAAUACUGGGACGGCACGAACGAGACGGACUGGUACGACGUGCGAGCCCAAGGGGCGGAGCUUCGCUUGCUACUCGAUCGGCACAAAAGCGGAGCCCCUGCCGGCUGGUGGGUAUCACUUUGCCCGCGUAUCCCAGCCGAAGCAGUCGAAGCUCGAAACAUGGCACCACCGAAAGCAAGCGGAAAGGCCACCAAGAAGUCGCCCGCCGCCGGCAAGGCCCAGAAGAACAUCGUCAAGGGCGAAAAGAAGAAGAAGAAGCCACGUCGAAAGGAAAGCUACGCUAUCUACAUCUACAAGGUGCUGAAACAAGUCUACCCGGACACCGGUGUCUCGUCGAAGGCUAUGAGCAUCAUGAACAGCUUCGUCAACGACAUCUUCGAACGGAUCGCCGCCGAAGCCUCCCGGUUGGCGCACUACAACAAGCGGUCGACGAUCACCUCCCGGGAAAUUCAAACCGCCGUCCGGUUGCUGCUCCCCGGCGAGUUGGCCAAGCAUGCCGUUUCCGAGGGGACCAAGGCCGUCACCAAGUACACAAGCUCGAAGUAGACGAGGCAUCGAUCCCCGCACCCCGAAAAAGGCCCUUUUCAGGGCCACUGCAACCCUCCCGCGUAAGAGUUGAUUCCGAAAUAUAAAUCAUCCAAUAAGUGGGGGCAAACUUUCCCAUCGUUUUGGCUGUUGUGUGCCUUUGCGGCCACGAACGCGGUGGCAAACGGUUUCAUCCCUUCAUCUCUGGUACGCAACCGGAUACUUUAGGCUAGGCAAGUUUGAUCACGCGUUCAGAGGACUGGCACUAUCGACCAAUGGAUUGCUGCACAAAUUUAUACUGGCCUGCUUAAUCUCACACGAAAUUUGACGUUUGAGCGGUGUCGGCACAGCUCAAACGUGAACAUUACUGUGAGAGUAAGCAGGCUAGCAAAAUUGAAUGCAAUGUAAUGAAAUUUUGCAUGACUCGUAACACAGCGCUAGACCCCCUCCCUCCCCUUUAGCGCUACGUAAAAUUUGAACGAACCCUCACACCAGCCACAUGUGCCGUCAGAAGCAGUGCGCGAAAAUUUAACCGCGUCUUCUCGAAACGAAGUUCAAGCUCCUCAAGUGCUGCGAUUCUGACGGCUGCUCUUCUACAUUGCGCCCUGCUGCCCUCAUACACUCCGGUGCGGUAAAAUUUCAAAAAUUUACUGAAAUCGCCUUGUUUCUUAGAAAAUCACCAGUAAACAAAACGGUAAAGAUUUGUAAAUAGUCUUGGCCACUUGUUCGAUUUGAUAAAUAGCAUACACGCCAUUUACCAUUUAUCACAAAUUGCUUUAAGUGCACUAAUAUGCGGUUGGGUUUUACGCACUACCCUCUAGAGCUGAUUUUUGUAUGAAAACCCAAAAUGUUUGAUAUGGGUUGUAACGCUAACUCUCCUCCUUCCUCAAUAGCGUUACGCAAUGUCUGUACAAUGCCUUGUGAAAGAGGCCUUCAUUGACUAAUUUAUUUAUUUACGAUGACUGAGUAUGAAGAAAGUGUUGAAUGAAAUGAUGCUUUCCCUAUCACGGACAUCAACUUCUUAUACCAGCAAGUGGACGGCAUAUAAAUUUACCCCAAAUUCCAUUCAGUGCAAGUAGUGUUUGAUUGCGUUUGGUAGAAUCCCUACUACAUUAUAGUGGAAUAUUUUUAUUGAGAAAGUGAAAGUGAAUUUUCAGUGCCAUGUCACAGCAUUUGGUUGCGCAGUACAAGCGAAAUUCUCGCAAGCGCAUCAAGGAGCAGUGUACAGAAGAGCAACCAGCGAAAACACCGAAGACCGAUGCAGAGCGAGCACGGUGCUACCGAGCCAACAAGAAAGCGGCCAGAGUUGAGGCGUCACCGACCGUCGGUUGGGACGCCGGAGAAGGUCCUUCUACAAGAGGUAGGAAAUUUCCAACAAUAUGUUUACAUGAUACGUUUCAUAUUAUGAAUUUGAUAAUCAUAAUAGAUUUAUGUUAUUGAAAUAUUUUUAAAAAUUAAUAUUUAAUUAGUUUCAUAAAUAAUUGAAUGAUUGAUCGCUUGUGGUAAUUUCUACAUGACAUUCGAUCUGGUCUCAAAAUUAUUACACCAAACGAAAUUUCAAUGGUUCUGUCAUAUUUUGGCUGACCAUAUACCAGUGCACAAUGACAAGAAUAUGAACGGCACGAAUAUUCCAAAGAAAGCGAAAGAGACGAACCAGCCAAUUCCCUUCUCCUUGUAUAUUAAGUGUGACUUUAUAUUAUUAAGUGUGGCGGAGAGGUUGGGACAGGAAGAAAAUAGCCGAUUUUGGGUGACAUAAUUUAUGAAUCAAAAUUUUGGGUUUCAACAGAGAAUCAAUGUAUCGAUGUGAACAUCUCCACGCACGCGAUGCAUGAUCUCCGAGAUCCUCAAGGAUUGGCAUCAAAACGACAAUCAAAUAAAUACUAUUGAGCAUGUUUUGUGUAUGCGAUUGACAAGCCUUUUGAUGCCCAUCACAUAAAAUAUUCGAUUUUUGUAUGGAGCGAAUCAAUGUGGGUGACCCGGCUUGGACUCGGUGAAAAUCUUGAUGAAUAUUAUUGAUAGUACACAUAUUAUUAUUAAUGCUAUCAUAGUCUGGGGACUGCUUUGCGCGUUAUGAAACUUGCUGAUGAAUUCCAAAUGCAGAUUGCAAUAUUCUAAUGUUGUAGCUCAAACAUCAAGAUUUUCUUCUUCAUAUAAGGGGGAUAUCAUACCUGUCAAUAGUGUCUGUGUGUCGUAAUUGUGUUCCAAAACCGUUGGCUAAUCACGAUUUCUUUGAGAAGUGUUCAAUACCACCCGUACUGCACCGGUAUCAAUCCCAUUGUCGAAUGAUCGAGGCGAAUCAGUCGUCGAUGAUGCAUCUCGAGGUGUUAUCGUCCCGUCACCGUACCCACAAGACGAAGAAAGCGAUGAAGCCGUAUCGGAUGGGGCGGCUUCCGAUGACGAUGCCGACAUUCGCAUGUCCCCCGCUACUCAAGAACCCAACUUUGAUCGUGCCGACCGGGAGUUCAGGAAACGGUUCUUGGAAAACGAGUUUGGCCAUUCCUGUGAUGUAUGCGCGCGAAUUUGGUUCAAGAAUGAUUUGAAACCGAUAAGUGGUGCCGAUGCUGGCCUUCUAUUGGCGACAAAUUAUUUCGAAUCUGUGGAAGGAUUCUCAGCGUGUCUGACUUGUCGAAGCAACCUCAAGCGUGGAUUGAUUCCUUCGUUGUCGCAAUCGAAUGGAUUUACAUAUCCUCGCUUCCCGGCAAAUUUACCCCCGCUGGAUCCCUUGACAGUUAGGUUGGUUUCGCCAAGAAUCAACUUCAUGCAACUGCGUCGUUUGCGCUAUGCAGCAGGUUUGUAGUUCAACAUAUAGUUGGUUUUGUGUUUAUUAUCCUAUUUAUUGUUGUUAAACAGGAAGCCUGUCAAUUAUCGGGCAAAUUAUCAAUGUUCCGGUGGAUGUGGCCCAGAUGGUCAGCGAACUUCCUCGCCAACUGGAUGACGACCAUGCCUUCAAUGUGUGCAUCAAGAGGCACAUGAUCCACAAGUCGAGUUACUUGUCCGGAUACGUGAAGAAGGGUACGGUCAAGGCCUGGUUGAACUACCUCGUAACCACACCGCUGUACAGACGAUACGGCAUAGUCUUCAACGAAGAUAA